GCGUAACAUAUUUUAUCAUUUACUAUUUACCAGUGCAGGAUGCAAAGUGUAAUUUCAUACGUUUAGUGUGUAACUAACGCAGAAGGCAUUGCAUCGUAAAAAUAAAUCAGUAAGUAAAAUGGCCACCAAAAAGUUUGCCGGUCCAUCCCCCUACAGUCUCAAGGCUACAUACCCUGAAGAUGACUACUUGUACACAGAAUACGUGAACGACGUCACAUGCAACCACGCCAGCAAAUCGCAGGCUCCACCUGUCAUGGCGGCCAUCUUUGGGCUGGGUCGGGCCGGCUCCAUCCACCUCAGCAACAUCAUGGGGAAUCCCCGAGUGAUGGUCAAGUACAUCGUGGACGACCGCAAGGAACGCUUCGAAGAGCUGAGGAAGUACUGGAGCUUGAGCAAAGAUGUCUGCUUCAUAACCUCAGCCGAAGCUGACAAAGUCUACAAGGACAAGACCGUCAACGUAGUUUUCAUUGGCUCUCCAACUCACACCCAUCACGACAUAGUUGUGAAGUCGAUCUCCAACAACAAGGACGUUUACUGCGAGAAGCCCAUUGCUGAAAACAUCGAGGACACGAGGAAAUGCUACGAAGCCGCGAAGGCAAAGGGCCGUAUUCUGUUUGCUGCAUUCAACCGGCGCUUCGACCCCGCCUACAGGGGGCUCAGGGAUCGGGUCAGGAAGGGAGACGUCGGCCACGUCCAGAUAAUUAAAGUUACGGCUAGAGACUCUCCUCUUCCGUCAAUUGACUAUUUGAAGAAUUCAGGUGGUGUGUUCCACGACUGCCUGGUGCAUGACUUCGACAUGGUGUGCUGGGUGCUGGGCGAGCUGCCGGUGCGCGUGCAGGCCUCGGCCUCGGCCCUCAUCCCGGAGGUCAAGGCCAUCGAUGACUUCGACACCAUCGCGUUUCUGCUGACGUUCCCGUCCGGCGCCGUGGCCCUCGGGGACAACAGCCGCUUCUCCGCCUAUGGAUAUGAUCAGAGGCUUGAGGUCUUCGGAAAUAAGGGGAUGGUGAAGGUGGAGAACGAGCGCCCGUGCCACGCCACAGAAGCCCUGCUGGGGCAGGACGGCGUGCAGCUCACCCCCAUCUACUACUCGUUCCCGUCGCGCUACCGGCUCGCCUACCGCCGCGAGCUCGAGCACUUCCUCGACAUCGUUCAGAAAGGCACCCCGAUGGAGGUGACGAGCUGGCAGACGCUGGCUGUGAGCAAGAUCGCGACGGCGGCGGAGCGCAGCGCGCGCACCGGGCAGGCCGUCGACCUGGACUGGUCCAAGGACCACAUCCCGGCUGUGUACUCUUAAAUUAUUAAGUAAAAAUAUUUGAGGUUAUAAAUUCAUUAAACAUGUUUUUUUAUGAAUGCUAUGAGAAUUUUACGCUAUUUUUAAUACGCCUUUUUGUGGUUAAUAUAUUUUAAGUUUUUAAAGUGU